GACAAGCAAGAUUCGGUCGUGAUUAUUCAUUUUAUUUCUAUUUAAAUUCAUUUCAACCAUUAAAUAUCGUCAGUAUAUGGUAAGAAAGUUAGGGCUUUGUAUAUUUGAGAUGGUUUUAACACGUGAUUAAACCAGUAUCAUUGAUAAUCUUCGACAAUUUUGAGGUUGAUAACGCAUACAGGUUAUGCAUACUGUGCAUAAAGCCGGGUUCAGACGGUGCGAGUAAGCAUACGAGUAGGUCUAGUCAGUUACUGCAGUGCAGCUACUCACACCGUGUGAACACAUCAUGCCAGUUAGUGUCAUGUGUAAUCCGGCGUGCGAGCUACUUCAAAGUUUUUUGAAUUCACUCGCACUCGCAACUCUCAAAACGUCAAAAACAGAAUUUAGCCUCCGAAUCAGGGAUGCCAAAUGUAAAGACAUGUCUCUAUUUUUAAGGUAUUUGAAAAUAUGCGAAGAUAUUUAUAGACUUGAAAAUUAUUGGAAAAACAAAUAAAACCCUCAUAGUUUCUAAACGAAAUCGUUGUUAUUUUGAUAUGCACGCUGGCUGGGCACGCUUUCUUUUUGAGAUAGCUUUCUUGAGAAUCUCUAAUAUAGAAUCAUUAUCAGGCAUAAUUUUAAUUCAAAAUUUACUCACAACUUGCAAAGAAAGUAUUGUUCUAAAAACAUAAUACACAUCCGAUUUUAAAAAGUACAUUUUCAUUCAUUAUUUCAAUUUUGACGCGUAUUUAUUCCACCUGCAAAUCUACCAUCAUUUUUAUUUCAAAAAUUGGUACACGAAGCUGCUGGCAAGGCAAACUAAAUAAAAUUUAAAAAAAAUCUUUUAGGUUGUCAUUUAUAGCAUCACAUACUUCCGGAAUUAUCUUAGCUAUGAAUGCUUUCGAGAUUCUAAAAAAUAUCGACAACAAUCUGAACGAUAUUCCAGAAGCAAGGCACAUCAAUGUCGUUUUUUAAUUUCACUCUUGCAGGUAUAGCAUCCCUCAUGAGUGUAUCUUGGCGUUGUAUUUUUGGACCAAUGGAAUCCAACAGUGUUUCCUCUAAUUCAGGUGUUUUUCUCAACACUGCUCUGUACUCCAGAGGAUCAUCAUCAAAGAGUUCCUUCCAUAUUUUUUUUAUUGCUCCUUUUCCUUGCAUUCAAUUCCUGGCCCAAAUCAUUUCGCCUUUCUGCUUUUUCGGAUAGUACCUUCAGUUCGAAGAAAUUCAGCACAAAGUAUUUUUAUUAUAAAAUUGUGCAACUAAAUAAAAUAUAUUCAUCUGAAAACCUGAGACGAAUACUGCCUAUAGAGAAGUCGAAUUCAGAUCAAUCAUCUGUCAAAUUCGGACCUGAUUGCUGUUUCUGACUAUUUGAUGGACAUUUCAAAAAUCAUCUGGCAUCCCUGGUAAGCCAAUGCUGCAGUAUCUAGUUUCGCGUCAGCAUCUCACACUGUGUGAACGGACAAGGCGAGUCAACCAAUUGUCAAGCGAGUUCACCGGGUCAGUAGCUACUAAUUCUCAAGUCAGCUACUAGCAACGUAUAAAUGGGCCUUAAUGGUGAUGAAAUCGAUAUCAUAUUAGAUAUAUUAGAUGAUAUCAUUGAUAAUGUAAGGGUCGAUACGAGAAGGAUUUGCAGUAUUUUCAACGCAACACAUGCUACUCACAUGCUUAUUUAAUUGAGAAAAAGUAAAAGUUACAACACUUAUACCAAGCAAUUCUUCGAAAUAUACAUACCACAUUGUAAAAUGACGAUUUUCUAACCUUUUUAGCGCAGAAAGAAUUCGUGAAACCGGAAAAUUGGAAGAUAAAUUCUGAUUUUUCUCGAAAAUUUGAACGAAUUUCAUACCAGAAAAACAAAACAUCAUCAUUUUACAUUGUUUCAUUCAUAACAUAUGAUGAAUGAUUCGGUACAAGUAUUAUAAUUUACUUUUUUUUUACUAGGUAAAUUAUGGGUGGCAUUUGUUGCGCUUCAAAUAUUGCAGAUCGUUCUCGUAUCGGUCGAAAAAAAUCCCCUGCAUAAUCAAUUGUAUCAACCGACUUGGUAUGACAUCGAUUGCAUCGUCAUUAUUCACAGUUUGAGCUUCUGAAAAAUGUCCGGAAGUUCAUAACCUAUAUUCACAAUCAAACAUAAACACUUCGAAGAUUAUCUAUGACUUUGGUCACAUCGCGUGUUGCGACCAUUGUAAAUAGACAAAAAUAUGAUUUUCUUAUCAUUUAUUGAUGAUAUUUAAUGGCUAAAAUGAUUGUAAAUAGAAAUUAAUAAAAAUAAUCACGACCACGAGCGCCGCUGUGGUGAAAGUGAUGAUGGUUUUAAAUUUUGCCAUGUGAGCUUAUAGAAGGUUUGUAAUUCUUUCCACAAAUUACAAUGUUAUAAUCAUAAAAGAAUAUUUGAUUGCGAUGAGUUUGUAAGAAAUUUAAUUCUGCGCAAUUUUAUAUAUAACAUGUUAUUUAUUUACCUCUUUCAGUAGUGAAAACUAUAAAAAUGUUGACAAUGGUUGAAUUAAAGAAGGAAAUUCGAGAGCACAAUCAAACACAAGUAGAAAAAUGCACGAUUCCUGCAUGUGAGAACUAUUGGCGAUCUAAUGCAAAAUGUAAACGAUCGCAGAUGCAUCGAUCAAAUGAAGUGGCAACCUUGCCAGCUAACGCAAACCGUAUCCCGCUAGACCCUACCAAGGCGCCUAGAAGUAUAUACUAAGGUGGGCCAACUUGCUAAAACCACUCUUCAGCCAUCUUGGAAGUCUACUGUGUUUUGUUUGUAAACAAAACACAAUACGCUAUUGCCGAAGCUCGCUCGUGAUCAGUCUGUCUCUUUCACGCUACAAGCAAAUAAUUCCCCUUCUACUUUCUUCCGUGCUGUUUUCAUAUACCGCUCCCCUAACCAACUUAGUGACGAAACGGCCUCACCUAGUACCAUAGACCCGUCUUGGACCCUACAUGGCUGAUUCGAAUUACAACUGACAGCGACAGAAACAAAACAAAAACAAAUCUUCUAAUAGCGAAUUCGUUUUUGUUCAGUUUCAACCCCAGUGCCGCACUAACUGCUGUCAAAACGUUUUUUUAAUCACUCAGUUUCGCACUCAGUGUCGCACUAGUUCGCCCCGAAAGCUGUUAGUUUCGCACUGAGAUGUUUCAUGGGUUGGCACUCGGGUUCACCAAUACAAUUAUACUGAACUGUCAAGUUCCGAAUAUUGUUUUGGAAAAUCUAAAAAUAAAGACUAUGAAAAUGGAAAACCUGCUGCUUUUGCUUUUGUAUUAUUGGAAUCGUAAUCCAAUUCGGAUUCUGAUUUUGAAGAGUAGAGUAGACGGCAUUAAGCUACGUGUGCUUUCAUUGGGAGGUGAAAAUAAUGAUGGAUAUUCAGGUGGAAUAAAUUUCAAAAUCAAAAUUAUGAAUGAAAAUUUACUUUAACGUAUCGAAUAUUUAUUUUAUGUGAUUAAAUAAAAGUUUUUUUUCCGAUAUCGCAGAAUAUUGAACGAAAACUGUGUCUAAUGAUGGUUUUAUAUUAUAAUAGUAAUUAUUUGUGGAACAAACAGGAAAUGCAUCGACAAAUGGUUAAGUGAGUGUCAGAACUACAUGUGUUAGGUAAUCAAACAAUAUUAAGUAAAAAUUUUCAUUCAAACUUUUAUAUGUUUACACUGCACUUGGCCCUUCUGAUCUGCAACAGGUGGAAGAGUUGGAGCGUCAGCUACAGCUGUUCAAAAGACAGCUAGGGCUUACACCGCUCCACGGGAGAAAUAUAGAAGUAAGCCAACAUGGGCAAGAUUUGUCGCAGCAAUCAGGAUAUCCACAAAUAGGUAACAUACAGCCUAGAAAUCUAGGCGCCAUUAAAAAGUUCGUCGCUAGUGCGACUACUGGCACAGGUGAAAUAAAUCAAUCCGAAAUCAAUAGAAAUAAAAAACAAAGCGAUAAUAUCACUCCUACGACGAUAUACGAUAGAACCGCGCACAAUAUAUGCAAUUUUAAUGUUCGCGAAUCUGAGCAAACCACUGUGAAUAAUCGUUAUCCUCGUCACACUUCCAACACUGAUCGCGGGCACCCGCGUGAAUCCUUUGCACAUUCGACGCUUAGGAACGUACAUUCAUCGCCAUUUCAUCUACCAGACGACACACAGCGUCGAUCUGAAAAUAACCAGAAUGGACCCACGCCGCAGCAGCUUGCUGCACGACAAUCGUUAGCUCGUGAACUUCCACAGUUCUCGGGUAACCCAGCGGAUUGGCCCAUUUUCAUCUCCAGCUACGAACACACAACGGUGAUGUGUGGGUAUACGAAUUGGGAGAAUAUGCUGCGUCUACAAAGGUGUCUCAAGGGGCCAGCACUCGAAACGGUUCGUAGUCGCUUGGUGCUACCUGCAGUUGUGCCACAAGUCAUUGAAACACUCCGUAUGCGAUACGGACGCCCGGAAUUAUUAAUAAAUGCUUUGUUGGAGAGAGUACGAAAUAUUCCGCCUCUGAAGCAUGACAAAUUGGAAGGGCUUAUCGAGUAUGGAUUGUCGGUGCAAGCCUUUUGCGAUCAUAUCGUGGCGGCCAACGAACAUGCGCAUUUGUCUAACCCUAUGCUUCUCCAGGAGCUCGUUGGGAAAUUACCAGCUGACCAAAAACUAAUGUGGGCUGGGUACAAGCGGAGCCUUGGUGUAGUUGACUUAAAGACAUUCAGUGACUACAUGGAAUGUAUCGUCGGUGAUGCGUCUAGCGUGGUGUUAUUUGAAUCUGAAAGGUCGAAGUCGAGAGGGUACGUUCACUCACAUACGGGGGACGAUGCUGAUGAUCAACCUUUGGCAGUACACAAGCAGAUCGAGUGCAGCUUUUGCAAAGAGGUUGGACAUCGUAUACGAGAAUGUCAGGGGUUCAGAAAUUUAAAUGUCGACGAGCGCUGGCGAAAGAUAAGAGCCAUGUCGCUGUGCCAGAACUGUCUUUUCAAUCAUGGUAGGCGAUCCUGCAGGAGUAGCAGUCGUUGCAAUAUUGCUGGUUGCCAGUUUCGGCACCACCCAUUACUACAUUCGACAAGGCAGAGGGCAGGUCUGCCAACUCAGUUAGCAGAGAGUCAUACUCAUCGAUAUCUUGGAUCGAGUGUUCUAUUUCGAAUCGUACCUGUAACGCUCUAUGGACAAACAGGUGUCGUGAAUACUUAUGCCUUCUUGGACGAAGGUUCAUCCUUGACCUUGAUAGAAGGUGAUAUUGCAGAGCAGAUUGGUGCGAGCGGAACAAUUCAACCUUUGUGUCUUCGAUGGACGGGUAAUACUUCAAGAAUCGAGGAAACAUCAAAAAUAAUCAACAUUACCGUCGGUGGAGUCGGAUCAGAAAAACGCUUUAAUAUGAUAAACGUUCGUACCGUGUCGAGUCUUAAUCUUCCCAGUCAGACUUUUCGAAUGGAGGAAGCUGUUAAGCAGUUUGGCCGUCUCAAGCAGCUCCCAAUAAAAAGCUACAAGAAUGCCGUACCUAGGUUGUUGAUAGGGCUCGACAAUCUUAAUUUAUCUGUUCCGUUGAAAUCAAGAGAAGGCAAAGGGGAGGGACCGGUCGCUGUGAAAACAAGGCUUGGCUGGUGUGUUUACGGGAAACAGUCCCUAGGAGUAGCAAAUCAGUAUAAUCUUCAUGUUUGCGAAUGUUCUUCAAAUAAAGACUUGCAGGAUGCGGUGAAGCAGUUGUACGAGCUUGAAGAGGUCGGAGUGGGCAAUGUAACAUUGCGUUCUAAAGAAGAGCAACGAGCACUAGACUUGCUCGAACAGACGACGGUACGAGUAGGAGAAAAAUUUGAAACUGGCUUGCUCUGGAAGGACGACCAUACAAAACUACCAGAUAGCUGCUCGAUGGCAUUGCGGAGGCUGGAAUGCCUGGAAAGAAAAAUGGCAUGUAAUCCAGUAUUGAAGGAAAACGUUCAUCAACAAAUUCGGGAGUUUGUGGACAAAGGCUAUAUCCAUAAAGCUACGGAGAAAGAAUUGAAGGCAGCGAAUCCUCAGAGAAUAUGGUAUCUCCCUGUGGGGACUGUGGUUAAUCCGAAAAAGCCUGGAAAGACACGUAUUGUCUGGGAUGCCGCGGCGAAAGUUAAAGGAGUUUCGCUGAACAGCGUUUUGCUGAAAGGGCCAGAUCAGUUGGUACCAUUACUAGGCGUAUUGUUUCGUUUUCGACAAUUUAAGAUAGCUGUAUGCUCAGAUGUGAAGAAGAUGUUUCUGCAGAUUUUAAUGCGCGAGACUGACAAGCACUCGCAGCGAAUUUUGUGGCGGGAAGUUCCUACUCGAGAUCCAGACAUUUACCUGGCGGAUGUUGCUACGUUUGGAUCGACAUGUUCACCGGCAUCGGUUCAGUUCGUAAAGAAUAAAAACGCACGCGAACACAGUGACCAGUUUCCUAGAGCAGCUGAAGGCAUUCUACAGAGCACAUACGUAGACGAUUACUUAGACAGUUUCGGGUCGGAGGAAGAAGCGUGUCGUGUUUCCAAUGAAGUUCGCCAGAUUUUCCGUAACGGUGGAUUUCAGUUGAGAAUUGGAUUUCAAAUAAUCAAAAAGUUCUAGAACAUCUUGGGGAAACGCAAUCCUCCUCCAGUAAGAGUAUUAUAAGUACAGUUAACAACACUGAACGUAUACUCGGAAUGUUGUGGGAUCCUCUGACAGACAAUCUAUCUUUUAACACUCAAAUGAGUGGUGAGGUUCAGUCGCUGUUGGAAAGUGGCAAAAGACCGACUUGUCUCUUCAGUUUUAGUCUCUUCAGUUUUAAGAUGUGUCAUGACUUUGUUCGACCCCUUGGGAAUUUUGUCUACAUUUUUGAUCCACGGGAAGAUACUAAUGCAAGACCUGUGGCGCGCUGGAACAGGUUGGGACGAAGAUGUCGGUGACAUUCAAUACGAAGAUUGGUCCAGGUGGAUAAAGUUGAUAUCGUUCAUAACAAAUAUUCGUAUUUCCCGCUGCUAUUUCCCGGAGGCAUCGGCGCAAACUUACAAGGAAGCUGAACUCCAUGUUUUCGUAGAUGCAAGUUUGUUUGCGUAUUCUUGUGCGUUGUAAUUGCGGACGACCAAUGCUGACGGUUCGCCUCAAUGUACUCUUGUUGCUGCAAAGGCCAAAGUGGCGCCGCUCAAACCUAUGACUAUUCCGAAGCUGGAACUGCAAGGAUGCCUCCUGGGGACUAGAAUGAUGAAGUUCGUGUUAACUAGCCACUCUAUUCCUAUAAAAACAGAAAGUGGGUUAUAUCUAUGGUAUAACCGCAAAGGUGACGUAGGACUAUCGUUGAUUUAGAGAUCAUUUGUUUGAAGUUGAAUCUGAAUUCAUUCUAAAUGAAUGAAUAUUUGGAGAACUUCGAAAACGAGAGCGUUACGUUGGAGGCACAAGGUUUUAUGCAUCCAAUAUUGGAUACGGAAAUAUCCUACUG